UACAAAAUAGGGGUCUUAAUGGCCUCUCGGUUGGACUCGCCUUUUGACUUGGAAAGAUGUGGACCGGCUGUGGACCUGGGACUUAAGAAAGUGAAUGAAAAGUUUCUCUCGCAUCACGGAAUUGAAUUGGAGAAGGUUCAAGGAAGUUACCCAUCGUGCUCGGGCGCCAUAGCUCCGGGUUUGGCCGCCGAUAUGCACUUCAAGAACGACGUGAUCGCUUUCAUCGGACCCGCGUGCGCGUUCGCCUUGGAACCGGUUGCGAGGCUGGCCGCUUACUGGAAUACUCCCAUCAUCACCGGAAUGGGGGAUCAGCCGCCGUCAGAAGGAGAAUUGGCAGCCCCGGCAAGUGUAGUUAGCCGAAUGCACAGACUAAGGAAUCUCCGCAAAGGUACAGCUCCUCAAACGUUAUUCAACGACAAAGGAAAGUACCCUACGUUAACGCGGAUGUCUUACUGCCAGUGUCGGCUACCUCGCGUCUUCAACAGCAUUUUCACGAGAUUCGGUUGGUCGCACGUCGCUCUCCUACUAGACAAGUCGGAUCUAUUUUCAUUAACGGUCGGUAAAAGCCUCGAGUGGGGUCUCAGGAAGCAGGGCGUGCUUAAAGCUGUUCGGGAGUUAGACGGGAACGAGCGAGAAUCCUGCGACGCUCUACUUCUUGACGUCAGUAUGUAUGCCCGUGUUGUGAUUUUGAGUGUACGUGGAUCUCUUGUACGCGAGUUCCUAUUGGCGGCGCACGCUCUCGGCAUGACGCGGGGAGACUGGGCUUUUCUCGACGUCGAAAUAUUUCAGGGGGAAUAUUGGGGGGAAACUGGCUGGGCAGCGGGAGACAGCCGGGACGCAGCUGCACGUGUGGCAUACGAGGCGUUGCUUCGGGUGUCUUUAAAAUUACCUACUGGCGAUCGGUUCGACGACUUCGCUGAUGCAGUCCGAGCUCGGGCCAGACUGGAUUAUAAUUAUACGUUUUCAGACGGUGAAGAGGUGAACUUCUUCAUCGGUGCGUUUUACGACGGCGUGUAUCUACUCGGGAUGGCCCUGAACGAGACAUUGACUGAAGGCGGAGACAUCCGAGACGGAAGGAAUAUAACUCGGCGUAUGUGGGGCCGGGAUUUUUAUGGCAUCACUGGACACGUCCGUAUAGACAAAGUAGGCGACAGAGAUGCUGACUACGCGAUUUUGGAUUUGGAUCCGGUCACCGGGAAAUUUGAGGUUGUGGCGUUCUACCACGGUCUGAACAGUAGCUACAAGCCGGUACCUGGUAAAGCCAUCCACUGGCCGGGAGGUAGGCGUGGACCACCGCCUGACACUCCAAGAUGCGGGUUUUUGGGCACCGAUCCUACGUGUCAGGGAGAUGAACGGCAGGCUCGAAUCGACGCGGAGUUAAACAACAUAGCGUGGAGGGUGCGUCCGGAGGAAGUACUCGUCGAAGUUGGUACCGGACUAGGGGCGAGCCCGGCCUUACACAACAUCAACGAGGUCCUUAAGCUUUCACUAAGCUGGACUGCAAGAGGAAGUACAGCAGCUACCAGUCUUACUGCAUCUCCGUCGGUUACUCUGUCUUCGUUUACCGUCGGCCUCUACAAGGGCAAUAGGGUUGCAGUCAAAAAAAUACACAGAAAGAAACUCGACUUGAAUAAAAAACUAAUCUGGGAGAUUAAACAGGCUCGAAACGUUUCCCACGAGAAUACGGCACGUUUUAUCGGGGCCUGUGUGGAUUGUCCCCUAGUCUUUGUGCUCACUGAGUAUUGCCCCAAAGGAUCCCUGAAGGAUGUACUCGCUAACGAUGAACUACAAUUGGACUGGAAUUUCAGGACUUCACUUGUCCAUGACAUUGUUCAGGGAAUGUGCUAUCUUCAUGGCGGACUCGGUGCUCACGGGAAGCUCCGAUCUUCGAACUGUCUCAUCGAUGGACGUUUCGUGCUCAAGAUAUCUGAUUUCGGACUUAAUGCGCUUUGCACGCCAACAGAUUUGAUCAAGGACGACAUUUAUUAUUACAAAUUGCUUUGGACAGCGCCUGAGUUGAUAGCCGGGAGCGUUUACCCAGGGGCAGUGUCUUCGCUGAAGGGGGACGUGUACAGCUUUGGAAUAAUAUUGGAGGAGAUCGUCGUCAGAGCUGGACCAUUCCACCAUUAUACUACGACUGUGUCCAAUAAAGAGAUAGUGACACGUGUUUGUGCCCGAGAGUCACCGCCGUUUCGACCGGUGGUGGGCGUCGGAGAAGUCACGGCUGGAGGUGGAGGAGGCUCGGCGUUGGAACUCCUGGAGCUGGCUGCGAGGUGCUGGGCUGAACCACCUGACGAUAGACCGAGCUUCGACACUAUCAACGCUAAUUAUAUCAAGGGGUACUGCGACAAUCUUAUGGAUGAUUUGCUGCGGCGUAUGGAACAAUACGCGAACAAUCUCGAAUCUUUGGUCGAAGAAAAAACCGAACAGCUGUCGUUGGAAAAGAGGCGGUCUGAAGAAUUACUAUAUCAAGUUUUGCCGAGACCCGUGGCUCAGCAAUUAAUGGCCGGUGAAGUGGUACAACCAGAGAGCUUCGAGUGCGUCACGGUGUACUUCAGCGACAUAGUCGGUUUCACGGAGCUCUGCGCGGCCUCCACUCCCAUGCAAGUCGUGGAUCUUUUGAACGACUUGUACAGCACAUUCGACAGGAUCAUCGGUUUUUAUGAUGUUUAUAAGGUCGAAACAAUAGGAGACGCCUACAUGGUUGUGUCUGGCCUGCCCGAGAGGAACGGCGACCUUCACGCAAGAGAAAUAUGCUUAAUGGCGCUUGCCAUAGUCGACGCAGUGAGGGGCUUCGUUGUCCGUCACCGGCCCGCGCACCGACUCGAGGUCCGCGUUGGUGUUCACUCCGGUCCGGUUUGUGCCGGGGUGGUGGGUGUUAAGAUGCCCCAUUACUGCCUUUUUGGGGAUACCGUUAAUACCGCAAGUAGAAUGGAAUCUACAGGCCAACCCCUCCGUAUCCAUUUGAGUGAGAACACACGUGUACUCCUGGAACAAUGGGGAACAUUCAUAGUGGAGCGUCGCGGCGAGGUGGAGUUGAAGGGUCGGGGACGGAUGUUGACUCACUGGCUGCUGCAGUGCUCUGAGCCAGAGACCAGACCUCACUGCCAAAGUCCUCAGCAGCCUCCGCAGUAUCCUAUACUGUUCCCCACCUUACCUCCUGUGUCUAUACAGGUCCCUUACUUAGUUGUCGAGCCCCCCACAAUGGCUGCAUGA